CACACACACACACAUCCGCUCUUAGAGCCGCACCAGUAGUGACAAGAAAUUCAGAGACCCAAUACAUAAUAGCAGUCACUGACGACAGCAGUGUUGUGACGGCUGUCGACUUGUUGGCAAAAAAGGACAGGAUCAUGGCGCCGUCGGCCACCGCCACCGUCGCGACCCAGCUGUCGGAGCAGCUGCUAUCCAAGUCGACACCCCAACAGUCGCCCUCCUUCUCGUUUACCCCUUUCCUCCAAAAGACCUACCUGCACAGCCUCCCUGCCGACAGACCAAUAUGCAGGGCCUACAGCAGCGGCCAUUGUCCACUCGGCACCCGUUGCCCCGAGCGACACGUCUCGGCCACAAACACUGCUAAGCAAGACGGCGGUGGCGGCGGCCAUGCCUUCAACUCACUGGUCUGCAAGCACUGGCUGCGGGGGCUGUGCAAGAAGGGCGAGAGCUGCGAGUUCCUACACGAGUUCAACCUACGCAAGAUGCCCGAGUGCAAUUUCUUCUUGAGAAAUGGCUUCUGCAGCAACGGCGACGAGUGCCUCUACCUCCACGUCGACCCCCAGAGCAAGCUGCCGCCGUGCCCACACUAUGACAGGGGCUUCUGCCCGCUAGGGCCGAGGUGCGCCAAGAAACACGCCCGCAAGAAGAUGUGCCCAUACUUUCUGGCCGGAUUCUGUCCCGACGGGAGGGACUGCAGAGAGGGCGCACAUCCUAGGUGGCAAAAGGACCUGGAAAAGCCGAGCGCCAAGGUCGAGAAGAAGGAGGACGAAGAGGACGGGGCUCUGGUCAGGCGAGAAACCUUUGACGACGACGACGAAGGAUCAUUUAGAGACCGUGGGGAUAGGGACCGCGACCGCGAGAGGGACAGGGACCGAGGUCACGACCGGGAUAGAGGCCAUCAGCAGGGCAGAUUUGGAGGACGUGGGGGACGCUGGAGAGGGAGAGGUGGCCAUAAACAUCGUGGCAGGCACUAGGGCGGUUGAGAUGGCAUCGGGCAGAUUCCAUGAGGAGCAUACCUGCCUACUCUAUCUGGAGAAGAGACUGGGUUGCAUGUGCCCCAGUCGACACGCUCAGGUGCUCUUCGAAUGGCUUGAGGUCUUGUUACUCGUGACGGAUGACGAGAUGGCAAAUUUGCCCCUCUUGGGCCAUCCUUGCUACAGACAGAGAGUUGUAUCAAUAGGACCAUUGCAACCACGUCG